UCCUUUUUUUCUAAACAAAAAAACCUGUUCCGCGUUUGGUCGCGAUUGGCGCAUGGGAGGGGCCAGGCAUAUGGGCAAGCAAGAGCCCACAGCAUUUCGGUGUUUGUGAGAACUACAUCUGGCGCAUGUAUGGGAUUUCAGCGUUCAAGUUCAAUGUUCUUGCAUUGGAACCCGGGUCAUUUCUGCUUCGACUGCUUUGUUCAUUUCAUCUUUUUCUCCUUUUCUUUGUUAUGUGUUACUGCCUCUGGCUGGACCACUUGGCGGGGCUGUCCUCUCUCCUUGCCGACCCAUUCCUUGCCGUACCCAAUCCCUUGAAGAGGGGCCGGGGGAGAAGAAGGUCGGCUCGCCAAGUCUGGGUCAGCUAGAGGUAAGUAUACUAUACACAUCUGUAUCUAACGCUGCGAUGACCAUUGCAAUCCCUACCUAUGUCAUCCUAUUCGUCGUCU